UUUCCAAACAGGUUUAUAAUAAUUAGGUUACAAGGGAUGAUAAAGAAGGAUUCUUGUGCUACAAGGGUCACUAACAUCCAGGGCUCCCUAGAUGACAGCCAGUAUUCUCCUCAUAGUUCGAGACCAGAUCUUCAGGAGCAAGCUGACGACCAUAGUUUUCUCUCAUCUUUCUUUGAGACUCUGAAAACAGUAAGUGAAGGCGAUCUAGACCCUAAGUAUAAGAUUAAAGAAAGGAAUAUUGUUACUUGCCCACUUCUAUGUUUGGACUCCAGAGAGGUCCAAGCUACAGAUAUAGUAGAGCCAGACAAUUUUGUACCAACUAAGCAUCUUCUAGAGUUUGCGAUUAAGAAUGAAUAUUUUAGCAGUUUCAAUAAUAACAACCAUUGGAUAGAGGUCUCCUUUUUAAGCGAGAGUGAGGACACUCUUAACUUUGAGGAUUCAGAGUCUUCUUCAACAGAGAACAGCAUCAGAUUAUAUCCGAAUGACUUCUUUGAGUUUUCUGAGAGCAAAAUAUUCGAGAAAAAGAAGGGAUCAACUCACGCAUAUACAGAAAGCCAAUGGUUAAAGGCUGGAAAGAUUAAUAAAGGCAAGCCAUUAGCAUUUUAAGCGCUGUUGUAAAUCGAUAACCAAACCAAGUGUGGUGCCAGCUCAUC